AUUUUUCCAGACGCUUCCAUUGCAUUCUCAAACACCCUCUCGAAUUUUCGUUGCUCUUCUUUUUAAAUUCAUCUCCAACCUCUCUUUCUACACGGAUUUUUCCAUUCUACGCCCAAUUUUGCUUCUCUUCAAGUUUCUAUCUCUCACACUCACAGGGUAAUAUCAGUGUUGUGUUGUGUUGUGUUGCUUUGGAAUCAUUUGAGGUAACAAUAUGAGCAGGGUCGCCGAUUCGAAUUCAUCCAACGGCCAUUUGGUACAGGCCGUGAGCACCCUCUUCCCUUUCCCUGAAACUCUUGAGAAAUUUGUGUUCAGUUCCGGUGCUCAUGAUGCUCGUGACCCAAAAUCCAUCUCCACCAUUCCAACUGAUAUCUUGGACACUCCCACCGAAUACAUUUUCUAUAUGGACCUCCCUGGCCUCUCCAAAUCUGACGUUCAGGUGACGGUGGAAGAGGAAAACACACUAGUGAUUCGGAGUGGAGGGAAGAGGAAGAGGGAGGAUGGUGAGGAAGAAGGGUGCAAAUAUCUGAGGCUUGAGAGGAAGGCACCACAGAAGACGAUGAGGAAGUUCAGGCUGCCAGAAGAUGCGGAUUCGUCGGCCAUUUCUGCCAAGUGCGAGAGUGGAGUGUUGAUGGUGGUUGUGCGGAAGCUGCCUCCACCUCCAAAGCCCAAAACGGUGCAGGUCACAAUCGCCUGAAGCUCACAAUUUCCCCAUCGCAGCCACUGGUGUUGAGCAGGAAGUAAGGACGUUGUAUGUUACUUAGUUUUUUGGUCAUGGUGGGCAUUUUGUAUAAUGAACUGGAUGGGGUGUUGUAAUUUUUCCUCCUCGUCUCUUCUGCCAAUGGAACUUGAAAGAGUUAAAAAGAGUACUUUUAGUUUAGUUCAUCAGGAUGAUUGUGUCAUUCCAAGAUAGUGUUCGUCAGAAAAUGAUAGUGUACAUGAAUUUUCUUAAAAGGUCGAUGAGGAAAGAGAGAUUAUUUCUAUCUUUAA